AUGAGUGCAACCACAACCCAGACGCUCACCUCGCCGGACAUGGCACCGGUUGGAGAUGCCUCUGUGCCCGGAAUCAAGGCUCUUCGAGAAGCCAUCCCAGAAAAAUGCUUCGAACGCUCUCUUCUGAGAUCCCUUUCGUACGUUGCACGAGACCUCGUGGCGGUCAGCGCCUUGUUCUACUCUGCCGUCUGCUUGACACGUCUUGAGUCGUCUUGGGCCAUUCCGCUCUGGGUCCUCUACAGUUUUGUCCAAGGUCUGUUCUUCACAGGGCUUUGGAUUUUGGCCCACGAAUGUGGCCACGACUCCUUCUCAAGCCAUCUCCAAGUCAAUGCGGCAGUUGGUUGGGUCCUUCACAGCAUUCUUCUUGUCCCAUUCUUCUCGUGGAAGUUCAGCCAUUCCCGUCAUCACCGUUACGCAAACCACAUGGACAAGGACACCGUCUUCGUGCCCAACCGCAAGCCAACUUCCGAGUCAAAGGCCGAACCGAGCUUCUUGACACGCCUCGUGGACCACGACGCGGCGGAUACACCCAUCGUCAGUCUCUUCACUCUGGCGAUUCACCAGCUCUUCGGAUGGCCAGCCUACAUCCUGAUCAACGCAGGAGCUGGCGCACAAAGCCUUACCAGAGGCCGUCGAUCCACCGUGCCGACCUACAAGCAAAGCCAUCUCGAUCCCACUUCGCCCGUCUUCACUCGUCAAGAGCAGCCAUACGUCCUUCUAUCCAACGCAGGCAUCGUGGCCGUCUUUGCAGUCCUCUAUCAAGUCGCUCAGACCCUAGGCUACCGAAACACUUUCUUCUUGUACGGUCUUCCUUACCUCUGGAUGAACCAUUGGAUCGUCGCUAUCACUUAUCUCCACCACACGCACCCAGAAGCGCCUCAUUACGAAGAUGGGGCCUGGACUUACCAGAAGGGCGCCAUGUCCACUGUGGAUCGCGAAUUCGGCUUUAUUGGACGCCACAUCUUUCACGGCAUCAUUGAAUACCAUGUCGUGCAUCACAUCUUCCCGCGCAUUCCCUUCUAUCACUGCGAAGAGGCUACGUUUGCCAUUGCGCCGUUGCUUGGGGACAAGUACAUUGCGCAAAAGAAGACAUCUUUCCUCGCGGACCUAUGGGAAGCCUUCACUACUGCCAAGUACGUGGAAGCUCGCCCCUCGAGCGAGCCAGGAGUAGUGCAUUGGGCCAAGGCCUGA